AAACAGACGUGCUGGGAAAAAGUUUCGAUAAUAUUUUCUUAUUUUACAAAAGUUUUCAGAGUUUUUCGUGAUGUUUUGGCUUAAAAACUGCUUUAGUUUUUAUAAAUUGUGCCUUUUACUUCUAAUAAGUCAACCGUACAUACCAAAGGCACAUACAACUUUCAUAGCCCCACGGGACUUGCCUUCAUUGAUCAGUCUUAUAUUUUCAAAUAUACCAACUAUUAAUCAUGGAAUAGAUUCCAGAUUUGGUUUUGGCUAUCGUCUUGGUAAACACAUGGAUUUUCAAUUAGUAUUUGAGCUUGGUCCUCAGAACGCUACACAACCCAUUGGUGAAUCCAUUAAAAAUAAUAUUGGUCAAAAACAGUUGAGGAAUAAAAAAAUGGAAGUGGAACUGAGCCCUUUGGAAAAAAAUGCUGCCGAUUGGCUCCAGAGAUGGUCGAGUUCUUCGAAUGCUACUUCUAACGCAUAA